AUGCUGUUACGCAAGGCUACGACCGCGUUUGGCGGAUGUUUACGCCAACAGUUGCACCGCAGCUCAUCCGCCGACGGAGUAGUACUGGCUCCGUUGGCAGCGGUACAGCAUCAACUACACGCGGCACCGCAAAGCCGUUGGCUAUCAUCCAACGGCGGGGGACGAAAAACGCAUCCCAAAAUCCUCAUCACAGGUGGACUUGGUCAGCUUGGUGUCGAAUGCGCGAAACUGCUGCGAAGCCAGUAUGGGGAAGAAAGUGUCAUUCUGUCCGACAUCAUCAAACCGAGCAAUGAGAUCGUUAACAGUGGACCGUACAUCUUCGCCGACAUUCUCGACUUCAAGGGUCUGCAGAAGAUCGUCGUCGAUCAUCGUGUCGACUGGAUCAUACACUUUUCCGCACUGCUCAGUGCGAUUGGUGAGCAAAAUGUUCCGCUAGCGGUGCGCGUCAACAUCGAGGGCAUGCACAAUGUGCUCGAGCUGGCCAAACAGUACAAGCUAAGGAUCUUCGUACCGAGCACGAUCGGUGCAUUCGGUCCGGACAGCCCACGGAACCCCACACCGAACGUCACGAUUCAGCGACCACGUACGAUCUACGGUGUAUCGAAGGUGCAUGCGGAACUGAUGGGCGAGUACUACCAUCACAAGUUUGGAUUGGAUUUCCGAUGCCUUCGGUUUCCGGGUGUGAUUUCCAGCGAUCCGCCCGGCGGUGGUACUACCGAUUACGCCGUAGCCAUAUUCUUCGAGGGACUGAAGACGGGCAAAUACCAGUGCUACCUCAAACCCGACACGCGUCUGCCCAUGAUGUACAUCGAGGAUUGUCUGCGAUCGUUGCUCGAGUUCAUGACUGCCCCGGAGGAGAAGUUACAACGCCGCGUGUACAACGUAACUGCCAUGUCCUUUACGCCGGAGGAGCUCGUUGACAAGCUAUCCAAGUAUAUUCCGAAGCUGCACGUCAGCUACCGACCAGAUAGCAGACAACUCAUCGCCGACUCGUGGCCACAAAUCUUUGAUGAUUCGGAGGCGCGUCGAGACUGGGGCUGGCAGCACAACUAUGACCUAGACAAGCUGGUAGAUCUUAUGGUCCGUGAUGUCACCGAAAACUACAUCAAAAAGGCGUCACAGUAA